CUGGCUGUCUUCGUUGAUAUUAUGAAGAAACCCACGUGUAGUGCGUAUGAUUUGUGUAUUUGUAAACUGUUUGACAAAUGGAAUAUAUUUUUCUCAUUGCAUUGAUAAAUAAAUAAAGUGCUAAUUAGACAAUUUCGUCGGGAACAUGAGUCUAGCAGUGAAAACAAUGAAAAUAAAAAAUGACUCUCAAAAAAAAAUCCUAAAAAUGAAAGCUGACACCGUAGAACGAAGCGACGAAGAUGCUUCAGUGUCGCACAGUGACUCUGACGAUUCACCUGAAGAUCAUUCAGAUCUCGAUAACUCAAUAGAAGAUGGAAAUUCUGCUGAUUCCGGGGCAGAACAGGAAGAGUCGAAGUUCGCAGGGAACCCAGGAUGGGCGAAUGCCAUGCAGAAAAUUUUAAAAACAAACAAGCCCAAGAAGAAAAAAACACUUGUGCUAUCAAGGGCUAAAAAAAUAUCUGAAGUUAAACCGAAAGAUGAAAAAGUUGAUUUCCAAAUUGAGAGUAAAGAGGGAGAUAUUAAGGUUGAAUUCGUGGAGAAAAAAGCUACAGAUGAAGUCCCGAGGGAUAAACAAAAAAAACCGAGGACGGAAAAAAUGAAGCACUCAAUUCGGGUCAGACCUUCUCCUUUGGAUAGACCUAGAGAAAAACUACUACAAAGGAUAGCAACCAAAGGCGUAGUUCAAUUAUUCAAUACAGUGAGAGAACAACAGCAGGAAAUAGAAAAGAAACUGAUAGAAGCUGGUCCUCUAGAGGGGAAGAGAGAAAAAGCAUUGAAGAGCAUUGAUAAACGAGCGUUUUUGGACGUACUUAUGGGUGGAACAAAGAGCAUCACCGUGGAUGACCAAGUUGGUCCCAAAAGCGAAGAAAAUGGCUCACAGAAGGAGAAUAAGGUUUGGAGUGUUCUUCGAGACGACUUUACAAUGGGCGCAAAUCUGAAGGACUGGGAUAAGGAAAAGGAUGAGGAGGAAGAAGAAUCGUCAGCCCCAGAAGAAAUGGACAGUGAUUGAAGAAAUUGAAAAAUUUAUGUGAAACUUAUCUGAUAUUUUGUCUGGUGGAGAAAAUAAUAAAAAAAUUGUAUAUUAGAGCCCAAACUCCAAACAGUUCUUAACUCAUUCUUCCAUGUCUUAUUUAUUCUGACCAAUUAUAGUCAUGUGUACACAAUUGAAUGCCUAUUAAAACGUUCAGGCGUUGAAAAAAACGAAAUUCCAAUCAUUAAAA